AUGGGUCGUGUCAUUCGUGCUCAGCGUAAGGGUGCUGGAGGCAUCUUCAAGGCCGUCACCAAGCGCCGUCAGGGUGCCGCCAAGCACCGCUCGCUCGACUUUGCCGAGCGCCACGGCUACGUCCGUGGUCUCGUCAAGGAGAUCGUCCACGACCCCGGACGUGGUGCUCCUCUCGCCAAGGUCGUCUUCCGUGACCCCUACCGCUACAAGCAGCACACCGAGACCUUCAUUGCCACUGAGGGUGUCUUCACCGGCCAGUUCCUCUACGCCGGCAAGAAGGCUGCUCUCAACAUCGGCAACAUCCUGCCCGUCGGCUCCAUGCCCGAAGGUACCGUCAUCUCCAACGUCGAGGAGCGCAUCGGUGACCGUGGUGCCAUUGCCCGCGCCUCUGGCAACUACGCCAUCAUCAUCGGCCACGAUGCCGAGACCGGCAAGACCCGCAUCAAGCUGCCCUCCGGCACCAAGAAGCUCGUCGAGUCCACCUGCCGUGCCUCUGUCGGCAUUGUCGCUGGUGGUGGCCGUAUUGACAAGCCCCUCCUGAAGGCCGGUCGUGCCCACCACAAGUACCGCGUCAAGCGCAACUGCUGGCCCAAGACCCGUGGUGUUGCCAUGAACCCCGUUGAUCACCCCCACGGUGGUGGUAACCACCAGCACAUUGGUCACGCCUCCACCGUCUCUCGCUUUGCCCCCCCUGGCCAGAAGGUCGGUCUCAUUGCUGCCCGCCGCACUGGUCUCCUCCGUGGUGCCAAGCAGGUCAAGGAGUAA